AUGCACCUUCGACUCAUUACAUGUCGUGAGCGGCUGUGGGGACCAAAUGGUAACCCGGUACUGGCUGCCUUCAAUAACCUUGCCACUUUCUACGAGGACCAGGGUCGGAUUGACGAGGCAGAGGAACUCUAUACACAAGCGCUCAGAGGGUAUGAGAAGGCAGAGAAGCCCAACCAAGAAGCCAUGUUCAACACAAUGAACAACCUCGGCGUCUUGUAUAAAAACCGAGGACAUUUCAGGGCUGCAGAGGCAAUGUAUAACCGCGCCUUAGCUGGUAGAGAGGAGCUAUUUGGAUACAAUGGCGACGCCACACUAGACUCUGUGCACUGCCUUGGCCUCCUCUACGCAACAGAAGGCCAGCUGAGUGAAGCUGCCCCCCUUUGGGAAAGACACCUUCAAGGCCGGGAACAGCUUUACGGGCCCAGCGAUGCCAGAACUUUGAUCGCGGUAUAUGACCUGGGUGUGCUUUACGACAACCAGGAUAGGAUUGACCAGGCGAUACCACUGAUAGAACGAGCGCUGAAGGGCUAUGAACGAACGCGAGGCAACGAUGACAAGAUGACCAUUGAUGCAAUGGAUAAAUUGGGGACAAUGUAUGCGUCACACGGACAAUAUGGGGACGCCGAAGCGAUUCUGAAGCGAGCGGCCCGUGGCUAUGAGAAGCUCUAUAGUGCGGAACACGAUGCUACAGGUCGGACGAAAAGAAACCUGGCAAAGGUGUAUGUGCGACAAGAUAGGCUGCGGGAAGCAGUUAUCAUAUACCGAGACAUUCUCCAAGGGUACUAUGAGAUGCGUGGUCCAGAGCGCGCCUCGACGGGGGAAGUGUGCAGCAUCCUUGCUGAGUUAUAUGAAGACUUGGGUCAACUGGACGAUGCAGAGGAGAUGGCGGCGCAGGCGCUGCAAAUCUUCGACAAGACCCUUGGUUCAACAAACAUUUCGGCGAUAGAAGCAGCUGCUACGCUUGGGCUGCUCUAUGCUAAGCAAAGUAAGCUUGAUAUGGCGGAACUUAUGUGGGAGAGAGCGGUGCGAGGCUUCGAGGAGACCAAGGGACCAGAUCAUCCAUCAACACUAGGACAAAUGCAUAACCUCGGGCGCAUUUACAAAAUGCGGUCGCACCCGGAGGAAGCAAAGGCCACUCUUGAGCGAGCGUUUGAAAGAGCAAUGCGAGUUUUAGGCCCGAAUGAGUCUCUAACUCAAGAGAUGGGUAGAGAUCUCGCAUCACUGUACGAUAACCUUGGGCGGACGGAAGAAGUUAUGCAAAUAUACGAGCAACUGAGGCAUGGAUUAAACGCAUAG